AUGAGCACCCGCUUUCAUAACUAUCUCUCAGUCUGUUCUCUCUCUCUCUCUAUCCAUAUCCAUCUAUCUAUCUAUCUGCUUUUGUUCAUAAUUAAUAUAUUCGGCGCAGUUGCAAAGCCUGUUUUCUUUUUUAUUCCUUUUCCUCUCUUAAUAUUUUUUCAUUUUUUUUUCAAUUAUAAUCCACUCUUUCUCUUUCUCUCUCACUGUCUUUCACCUUUCUCUCUCUCUCUCUCUCUCUCUCUCUCUCUCUCUCUUUAUAUUAAUCUCUUUCCAUUUCUCUCUCUUAAUCUCUUAAUCUCUCUCCUCCAUUCUCACAUUAACGUUCUUCUUUUAAUCUCUUACAUUCUCCUUUUUCAUACUUUCUCUCUCUCUCUCUCUCUCUCUCUCUCUCUCUCUCUCUCUUACAGCCACUAUCACAUCAUCUCCGACUCUUUCUCUAUCAAUUUCUACCUUUUUCUCUCAUUCCCACUCAGCCUCUGUUACAGUCUCGUUCCAUUUCUCCCUCUCUCUAUCGAGUUCGCCCUUUCUUUCGAAAUCUCACUCUCUCAUAAUUUCUCUCCGUUUAUCUCUCUCCCUCUCUCUCAGUCAUUCUUUCAAUCUCUUACUAUCACACUACCUAUUUCUCUUAACUUCUUUCAUUAUCUCUCUCCCAGCUUCUCUCUCAAUGUCUCUCAGCCUCUCUCUCUCUCUCUCUCUCUCUCUCUCUCUCUCUCUCUCUCUCACCCUUCCUCAUUCUCUCGGUUUUAUUCUCUCAUUCUCUUAACCUUCUUUUACCCUUUCUCCUCCUUUCACAUUUUUUAUCAUUUAUAUCUAUCUUUCCUUCACAUUCAAUUUUUCUCUCCAUUUUUUCCUUUUCUUUUCCUUUCAUCUUCUUUUUUCCGUCUUUUCUAUUUUCUUUCCUUCUUUUACGUUCUUCUUUUAUUCUCUUUCUUUUUCUCCCUUCCCUCUCUUUCACUUUUCUUACACUCUUUCAUUUUUUUCCUUCUGUUCCACUUUUUAGUUGUUAAGCUUUCCUAA